GGUUCAUUUCGUACGUUACUACGAACGCGCACGGGUGGAAGGGGUCAGCAGUGACGACAACCCGUACGAUCCCUUCAUCCUAACUUGUACAAAGCAGGCGGAAGAGUGGAGACCGGCGCUUACGACCACGUGGGUUGCUGCUGGUUCUUAUUCUAAUACUCACGAAAGCCGAACGUCAGCAUGCAAAUAUGUAGAGGCUGGCCCCGUCAUGCAUUGCGGGCUCGUCGCUUCCCCACCGCCUCACGUCCUAGGAAAGGCGGUCAUGCGGCGCUGCUGCGCUGUAGCUGUGCGGAGGGCGCACCCGGUUCUACAGCGCAGACUUCUGCGGGCGCUAUAUGGAGAGGGGGCGCAGCGGUUGUCCCAGUCGCUGCCCGCGGAGGUCCAAGCUUCGGACGAGGCGCUAUGGCGGACACUGCGGGCGGGCGGCGCGACGGUGGUGCCGGGCUUCCUGAGCGAGGAAGAGGAGACGUUUCUGGUUCAGGAGCUGGAGCCGCAGCUGCGCCGCCGUCGCUACCAGGAGGAGCAUUGGGACGGGGCUAUUCAUAAGUACCGUGAGACAGAAAAAUCACAUUGGAACAAGGAGAGUCAUGAGAUCUUGCAAAGAGUCCGGGAUGCAGCUUUUCCUCCAGGAGUGCCACAGCUCACUCAAGUUCAUGUCCUGGAUUUGGAUAAAACUGGCUACAUAAAGCCUCACAUAGACAGUGUCAAGUUCUGUGGCUGCACCAUUGCAGGCCUUUCUCUGUUGUCCUCAAGUGUGAUGCGCCUGGUCAGUGAACAGAAUCCACAGGACCAGCUUGAUUUGCUGCUGGAACGUCGUUCUCUCUACAUCCUCAGGGGGCCAGCUCGCUAUGAAUUCACUCAUGAGAUCCUUAAAGAUGAGGCAUCUUUUUUCAACGGAAGGAAGUUCCCCCGGGAGCGCAGGAUCUCUGUCAUCUGCCGAAACCUGCCCUUGCCAUCUUCUCCAUCGUAGAACCUGACUAACUGUCUCCAUUUGGAGAACCUCCAGCAGCUCACCUGACAGGAGUGGAGCUGCUUCUGAAAUGGUUGCUCUGCCUGCCCUGCUCCAUCGGACUCAUCUUUGUGGUCAGGAGUAAGUGAUGGGAUGUCUCCUCCAUGCCGCGGAAGGAGUAUGAGGGUAUUAAAGAUCCUAAGGCACUGUUGCUGUUAACAGAUGGGGGAGAGGGGAACUCUGCAAAGAGUUGAGGAAAUGGACCUGAUUGUACUUAACAAAAGUACUGUUGAUCUCAGGAAAUAAAAAUACCGAUGCUGCUUC